GAAAAGCUGGAGUCACUGAUCAGGGAAGCCGAAGACAGAGCGGGUGUCAGCGGUAGGAGCGGAUACUCCCAGAGGUUUAGAGCCGAGAGGCCGAGGGAACGCGGUAGAAUGCAGAGACCCGCCGACGACGACAGCGGUGACUUUAGCAGGCAGUGCUCCGAACGUCGACACGAGAGCUCACGGCACGGGGGCACGAGAGAGCGGACCAGAGAAGGUCGUGGGUUCCAGAGACCAGACGAAGAUGGCGCACGAAACCCAAGCUGGACGUCUCGGUCGAAUAACCACAGCGGAAAGGACUUGUCGUCCAAGCCUAGCUGGAUGAAGAAGGAGUUCUUCAAGGAGCCUCCUCCAGCAAAAGAACAUGGGAAACCCGAACAACGGAAACCAGCUCGGAGGGACACCGAAGAAACACAACCAGAGGUGACGCCAAGGAAACCGAGUCCAGCCGUUUCUCGAGAACGCUCAGACGAAGACGCUGCCCCACCCGAAAAGCAGAAUGCGCCGGCCCGAUUGCUGUCCGACACAGAGCUGAACGCACUCGGCGCGAAGUUGAUCAAGGCCGAAAUGCUGGGGAACAAGGCUCUUUAUGAGAAGCUGAAGGCCGAGAUCGAAGAAGCGCGGAAGGCCAGGCAGUCCGUGGGAGCUUCCGCAUGCCCAGACGGAUCGCAGCGCGGAUCGCGGAAGGAGGAGGUGGUGGUGUUGAUGAAGACGGACAGUCGUGGGUUCUCGCAUCCACUGGCAGAGCCUGAGCAGGACGUUUCGCAGCAGCGCAGGAAAACGAAGAUGGCGACGCACAACAAGGACGGAGAGCGCGUGCGCUACUUUGCAGACGACGACCGCCUCUCGUUGAAAAACAUGUUUGAACGGGAGAAGCUGACGACGGCAGAGGACCAAAACGCAGAGUUUGCUCGACUGGCUGGGAAGGCCCGCCCCUCCACAAGCCAGGACUACGACUUCGACGAUGCGGCUUUAGACAAGGCAGCAGAACACGACUCCUCUGCAAAGCAGGACGCUCGAGACAGGUGGAAGGCCAUCCAAGAGCACAAGCAGAUGAGCAAGGCUUUGGACAAGUGCAGGUACUGUCUGGAAAGUUCCGAAAUGAAGAAGCAUCUCAUCAUUGCCAUCGGCAUCAGGACGUACCUCUGCCUCCCAGCGCACCAGUCGUUGACCGACGGACACUGUCUCGUGGUUCCACAGGCUCACGUCGCUGCUGGCACCUUGUUAGACGAGGACGUCUGGCUCGAAGUGCAGGUGUUCAGGAAGGGGUUAACCAGGAUGUUUGAGGACAUGGGCAAAGACACGGUGUUCAUGGAGACCGCAGUUGCCUUCCGUCACCAUCCGCACACAUACCUGGAGUGCAUCCCCGUUCCUAAGGGAAUCGGUGACAUGGCGCCAAUGUACUUCAAGAAAGCAAUUUUGGAGUGCGAGAGCGAAUGGGCUCAGAAUCGAAAACUGGUGGAUCUCUCGAAGAAAGGUCUGCGCAAUUCCAUUCCCAAAGGUUUGCCCUACUUUUCGGUUGACUUCGGCCUCCAGGGUGGGUUUGCCCACGUCGUCGAAGACGAAAAGGACUUCCCGUCCUACUUCGGAAGGGAAAUAGUAGGUGGCAUGCUUGACCUGGAGCCGAGACUCUGGCUCAAGUUCCAGCACGAGAAGUUCGACGAGCAGCGCAAAGGUUCUCGAGUUCACAAACUGGUGGAAGCCUUACGACUGGACCGAGCGGCUCAAACCUGACAAGUCGCCCUAAUGGAAUCGAACGGCGAGGUCGGAGUUUUGUCGUCCCCAUCUCCAUGACGCGAUUGGAAUUUUGCCACCCCUGGUCAUCGCGAAGCCAUACUUAACAUAAAAAUUGUAACAGACCCUUUCCGAAAUUCAGUGCCAAGCAUGAGUCCAACUUCGUGACGCUAAUAUCAGCAAAAAUGCAGCAUGUUCGAUCGGACGCUGUCGCUUUCCUACGUCAACGGCAAAUUGGGAUGUGUUUGUCACCAUACAUUUCUUUUUUUAUUGGUUUCAGUUUUGAUGGUGACAAAGAGAGUACCGCUCUGUACGGAGCGCUGAUCUGAGUAAAACCCUUGAUAGAAUUCACCGCAUCAAGGGAGCGUGUGCUAAAUGAUUGGUUCCCAGCGACUCUGAUAUAAAUGCCGACGCAGCACUUCUAAUUUGUGCGUCUCAUUGAGCUGUCUACAAUUCCUAAACUUUCCGUUAUUUGUUUCAGUGCAUGUCUUCCACCAUUCUUUGAUUGGCCACGAAAAGCCGUCCAUUAGCAUCUAGCAGAUGCCACCAGCUUGGAUCAAAUAGAUUGAAAGUUACCGUACUGAAUUUUGGACAGGGGUCAUUGUCAGUUCUUCAUGUUGCAUAGGAGGAAGUGUGUUUUGUGCGACAAACUCCUGCGCUGAAGUCUGCGUCAGUGCCGUCGCACAUUUGUCAUCAUUGCAUGAUAGAAUAAAACAUUUGCUGCCACGAA